AUGAUUUUCAUUCUUUUAUGCGAAAAUCUUCUGACCGAGUCAAAUUCGAUAUUUAAGAAUGCAUAUAAAAAUAAUGCUAUCGAAGUAUUUGUAAGUGGAUCAUCAUCUCAAUACAUAAAUGGAACUAAACAAUUGACAAAACCUGAAUAUGCUUUUGAUCAAAUGGAAAAAGAAUACGAUUGGUGUUCUAACUGCGGAAGAUCCAAAGAAGAACAUCCUUGGGCAGUUUAUUCAAUCAAAAACAAGAACAUCAAAAUUAACGGAUAUUAUCUUAAAACAGGAUGUUGUGAAGCUGAUCAAUAUUGUUGCUGCUUUGAUGAUGUUUAUUGCUGUGAGUGCUGUUUGUAUAGUUGGUCUUUACAAAUUUCUAAUGAUAAUAAAACAUGGAAAACAGUUCACAAAGUAGAGAAAGAUAUGGACAUGAGAAGAUGUAAAGAUAAAACAUAUAAAUUCAGCGAAACAUAUACCACUAAGUACGUUCGUCUUAUACAAGAUGAAUCAUGCCCUGGCGAUCCUCCAUGUAUUGCACUCAACAAAAUUGAACUUUUGGGUCAAAUAGAAAACGAAGAUGGAAUCAUUUUUGAAGAUCAAGAAAACGAAGAAGAUGAUGUGAGUAUAUAUUAUAAAUAA